AUGUCUAAACGAAGGUCAAAUUCCUCCGUAACCAUUCUCAAAGAAGCUUAUCGCCAAUACUUUCCGAUCGGCGCGUUUAUGAUAGUGCCUAUGACAGGACCAUUUUUCGAGAUGGUGUGUAAGACCACCGAUGAGGAUCUCAAAAAGAAGGGUAUGGAAAUUGUCAUGGAGAAAACUGAGUGUCUGCUUGAUGACAUUUUCCGUUAUCACGACCGGAACAUGAAACUUGGGAAAGGAGAAAAAGUUGUUUGA